CUAAACAAGAAGAAAAAGACUUCAACAAUUUAGCCAGUGUUAAAGAAAACAUUAGAACCCUUUGUUUUAUUCAGCAAGGAUAUAAAGGAAAAGUAAUAAUUGAAGAUUAUCCUGAUUUAACUCAGUUAAACUUAGGUAAUAAUGAACUAGAGGAGAUUAUUAUUCGCAACUGUCCUGAUUUGAAAUUAGUUCAGGCUGAUUGUGAUGUGGCUGUAAAAUUGACCAGUGUGACUGAUGAAAUUUUGAAAAGUAAUAAUGAGAAGCUAGGUUAUAAUACAGCUUUGCUAAACAAGAUUCCUAAUAAGAGCGAGAGAAUUAGUGCGCAUUUAAAGAAAUGUUCUAAUUUUAAAAUUAUGCAUCCUGAAAAAUACAAUGAAUUUUUUGGAUCAGAUGAAACCAUCAAUUUAAAUAUCUCUUCAUCAAAUUCAUCUAUUUCAACCAAAGGCUCACUUGACUCUUUUGUUGUUCGUCCUAUGUCAAAAAACAAUGUAUCAAGAUUUGAAAAACUAUUAAUUAGAGCCACCGUUUCUGCUGGCUGGUCUUUGCAGAGUGUAGAAAAUAAGGAAGUGAAUGAGUUGUUUUCUUUUAUUAACCCUACAAUAAAACUACCAGGUCGACGAGCCCUUGGUGAGCGUAUCCUAAACAAUGAAGUCAAAAGUCUUCAAUUACAAUUAGAAAAUAAAAUUAAAAAUGAUCCUGUUGGUGUUACAUUGUGUUUUGAUGGUUGGACCAAUAUUUUUGGCCAAAACGGCCACGGCCAAAAACGGCCAAAUGCCAACACUGCAAUAGGCUGUGUUGAUUCGGAUGAAUUUUUAGUUGAUACAUUAACAUUUUUAACUUGA